ACUUUGUUGAUGUUAUGAUUCGUGAAAUGGAAAUGAAUGCAUGCCAUCUUAUUUGUUUAGAGACAGAUAAACAUGUAUACAGUGGCUGAAUAUAGGAGUAUUUUAACAGGGAAGACUGUUUUGGAUUUUUGUUAAAUUGUGAAACAGGGAAUCAGUAUGACAACAGAGGAAUCAAGCAACAGUAGUGACUGGGCCUUAGUUACUAAUGAAGGGGAAAUAGAGAGUGAAGAUGAUGCUUGUUCAGAAAGUUCUAUUGAAUUAUUAACCUCAGAAGAUGAAGGUGAUAGUUCUUCACAAAGAAGUUCUGAUACAGGAACAGAUCCAUCUCGUCCAUUCUUUGUUCUAAGGUUAAGAUCAAAAGAGCUGCUGACAGAAUCUGACUCUGAUGAUAAGGAAGAAUCAGCUAAAAAUGUUACUAAACAAGAGGAAGGUUGUACUGUACCACAUGCAGCCAUACAAGGAGAGACGACUGCUACUACUGAUGAAGGUUUUACUGUACAACGUGCAGCCAUACAAGGAGAAAUGGCUGCUACUUCUGAUGGUGCAGAAGGGACCCAGGAAUUUUUGAAUGAAAUAAAAAUAUCUGAAGCUGAUGAAAUAAAACCAAUCACUUCUGAAAGAGUUGGUUCUAAUUCUGGAAGUGAGGUAGAAAAUAACAAACCUGCUUCAUCUGUCAACUCAGAUAUCAAAGAUGACAUAUCAUUUCUCAGCACCUCUGGUCAAAGUUCAUCAGACGAGAGUGUUCCUGAAGUCUUACAUUUGGUGGCUCACACAUCAGACUCAGGAGAAAGUUGCUCAGACUUAAAAGUAAAAGAAAAAGAAAAUAUGGGAGGAAAAGAAAAUAGUGAAAAACAGACAGAAGAAGAUGCUGGAGAAACUGAUACAGGAAGUGACAAAAGUCAAGAGACAAAUAGUACACAAAGUUCAAACUUUUCAUUGAUGGAUCAUGAAGAGAAUGAAAAUGAGGCUAGAAAUGAGAUAGAGGUUGAAGGUCAGAGUGAUCCCCAAAGUGAUCAGACAGACAGUGCUAAUUAUGAAGAUGAUACCUUUACCUUGUUAGAGAGAGAUACUGAGGGUCUAGUUCAUAGACAUGGACACAGGGAUAUGGAAAAUGGUGAUGACUUAAUACAAGAAACUGUUUUUCGAAAUGAAGAAGAUGACACACAGUUACAGAGAAUACCAGAAGUUUCAGUCAGACAACCUAAGUUAGAAAAGACAGAUGGUCUAAUAAUUAUGAUUGUUGAAAUAAUUUGUAUCCUGGUAGCAUCCACAGCUGCAUACUGGGCUGGAUAUUCUCAAGGAGUAGGAAACCAUUCAGUGUGUUGCAGUGACCUACUUAAAUCAACUAGACAAGUUGAAAUGUUAACAUCCAAUGGUAUGGAACAGACACGUAAGGAUAUUGAACUAUUGAAAAAUACAACCCAAACUUCAGUUAACCUUCUUUGGGAUGACUUUGAGCAGAAGGGAUUGAGUACUGAUCAAUUGGUUAAGGAUAAGACAGAUUGGAAGUAUAAAGAUAUGGGAUAUAAUGUGGACAAGUUCUCAGAUGUUGGGUUCCAAAAAUUAGACAAUGAAUUGAAAAGCCAUAUUUACAGAUUUGGUAAUCUGUUACAACAUCAUGUUACCAAAUUCAGAGCUGAAAAUGGACAUCAGCGGUACCAUAACUCAAAACUAGAGCAAAAACAGAAUGAAUUGAAGAAUGAUAAUGCUGAUCUUAAAAAAGAACUUAUUGAAUAUGGAAAAAGAAAAUAUUUGAUCAGUGAACUGGAAGAUGAAAAUCUUGCCUUAAUCAAACGAAUAAGUGACAUCGAAAAUCAACUUCUUACAGCUGAAGAUCAGAUGUAUGUCCUUCAACUAAAGGUAUCACAAUAUGAAAGAAAGAAGGAAUUGAAACAUAGCAGUGAAUAUAAUGUAGAACUAGAUACAACUGAUCUUAGUGUCAUUGCACAGCUAAAAGAAGAGAACAAUAAAUUACAAGACCAAAUAAUUGACCUUGAAAAUAAGAUUGCCAGGCUGGAUGCAGAUGGAAGACAGAAUGACAAUUAUCUACAGGAAUUAAAUAGUAAAAAGGAGGAAAAUCGGGAUCUAAUGAAGGAUAGAGGUCAACUUCAGACAGAGGUUGAUCAUCUCAAAAAUCAACUUAAAGAAAGCAAAAAAUAUGCAUCUAAACUUGAAAGUAAACUUAAAGAACUGGAAAAGGCAGCUGACGAUCGAGAAAAAAGAUCACAAGAAGAAGUUGAAAAGUUGAAGAAGGGAAAUGUAGAAUUUAGCAAUAAAAAGAAAGAAGACUUCAAGAAAGAAAAGAAUAACAAUGAACAUGCACAUACAAAGAAGAAAAAAGCAAGUUCAGACAAUGAUAGUGGAUAUAAAUCAUGGUCUGAUGCUAUGAAUGAUAUUUUGAAUAAGACGAGAAGUUCUAUGGUGACAGUCAAUAAACAGAUACAGGAGACUCUAACACAGGUAAAGAACCUGUCAGGUGACCUUUGGAAAAAGCAUGAGCCAAAGGUCAAUCACAUCUUGGCAAGCACUUAUGAAACAGUAAAAAAGAAUGUCAACAAUGUCUCUAAGAAAGUAGUUAAAGCUGCAGCUAAAAUUGUUCAGAAAUCAGCUAAAUGGAUAAGGAAGUACAAGAAAUCUCGCAAAAAUAAGCACAAUAGAAAUCAGAAUGAUGACUCUGACCAAGAUGGGUUCACAGCUUCAACUUCUAGAAGGAAGUAUAAAGAUGGUUCUGAUAACAAACAUUCUGAUGAUGACAAGCACUCUUCUGACCACUAUGAAAAGCACUCGUAUGAUUUUGAUCAAGGUCAUAACACACAUGGUUUGAAGAAAGAAUUAGAGAAUCUGUUUGAAAGUGUUGAAUAUGUCAGUACUAGGAAUGAUCUCCCAUGUGGUCAAAUUAUUGACAUCAUGGAAGAUUUUCAACAAUUCAAAAUGAAGAAAGGGAUCAAUGUUUUAUCAGAGGAAGAAAAAACUUGGUUUUAUUGUCAGAAAGCCUGGUUUGAAAACAUGGCUUAUUCUGAUCCAAAUGUUGAUACAGAGUGUAGAGAGAAAUUGGGCAGACGUCAACUUGCUGCUGCUGAUCAUGGAUGCUGCCCAUGUCUUCAUAAACAUGGCAGGUCACAGGGGAAAUUCUGUAAUCUUGAUAAUGGAUGCAGUCAACUCAAUCCAAAGGAAAAGAAACCAAUGAAUAAAAGAAAAGAUCAGAAAAAGAGAAAAGAACAGGAAGAAGACAAGAAAGAUUAUACCAGUGAUGAAAAAACAGUCCAAAAUAAAACUGAGGAAGACUAUAAAACUGAGGAAGACUUAGCUAAGAGCCCUGGAGAUUUUUCUUACUGUGAUCCUUUCAGCCAAGAUCUAGAUUGUGGAGAUGAGUCAUGGUAUCUGAAAAGGAUGACAGACCGAGAACAUUUAAGGAAAUACAGAGAAAGUUCCAAAACAGAUUGGGUCUUUCACCGAGCAGAGGAAAGGGAUUACCAUAGAACUCAGCCUGACAGCUGGUAUUUCAAUAAGUAUGGUGGUGGUCAAGCUUAUGAGCCUCACAAUGACGAUAUGGUAUAUAAAGACAUGGACUUAGAUAAUGAAAGCCACAAAGACAAUCAACGUGAGGGAGAUAAUGAAAAUGAGGAUGAUGAUGAAUAUGUGGAAGAUGAUGAAAAUGAGGAAGACAUUGAUUAUCAUGAUAAUGGUCUUAGUUGUGACGAAUAAUGAUUUGAAGUAAUUGUAUUUUAUUCAUAUUUUGUUGAGAAGGGAGGGAUGCUUCAAUAGUUAAUUUCAUUUCAGUUGACAAAUACUCUUUGUUGGUGUCAAAUUUAACAGGAGGUUCAUAUGAAUUCAAAAUACAGAAUUUGGUUUAUGUUUUCUUUAAUAUCUUUUAGAGAAUCUUUAAGGGGAUACUAUAAAAAAAGGUUAAAGCAUAAGAAUCUUCAAAAAUAUAACAGGUUAUUUUCACAGAAUAUAUAAGAGUGAUUCAAAAUUUGAAAUUGUUUGCAUGUGUAGUCAUGUAUUGUUUCAGUUUUCACAUGAAGCAAAUUGCUAAAAAAAAAGGUAUAAAAAAGCAUUUUUUUGUAGCUAGCCUCUUGUACAAACAUAUUCUGAAGGUUUUUAAUGGUGAGAUGUAAUAAAUUUCUUUGGUUAACAUUAGAAAUUGAGUGUUGGCUGUUGACUGUUAAUCACUACUUUUCAAUUAAUUGUCAUUCUAAGGAAAGAUUUUAAUCUACAUGUUUUUGUUGACAUUUUGAAUUAAAUAGGCUUAGGUGAAAGAAUUUUUGAGAAAUUUUAACCACACAAUUUCCGGGAAUGAUUUUAUUGGAUAAAUAGGAGUUCGACAAACACUAAUUUCGAUCAUUGAGAAGAAUGAUGUCUCUUUAUGAAUUGAAUGUGAUCUAAACAUUUAGCUCAUUUUAAAAGAGCUAAAUCCCUUAGGUGUUCUCUCCCCUCUUUUAAGUUAAAGUAUAUUCAAAUGUGUCGCUUUGUUACUACAUGUAUAUGUAAUAGUGCUAUAUGUUAACAAUGCCUUACCCAUAUAGUUAUCAUUGAUAUUUUUUGCCAUACUGUUAAUUUGAUUUGAUAAGUUUGCAGUGUUAAUUCAGAGUUUUAUAUUUGUAAUUAAUAACAAUUUGUGCCACUGUAGGAAUGUUUAUUACAUGUAAGACACACACACAGAGGAAAUUUGUAUUAUCAUCUUCUACUUUCAUUUAUUGUAUAAAAUAGAUCUUUUUUGGAUGAUUUCUUAAUUGCAGUGUUUAAAUUCCUUCUUUUCACAAUAGUAAGUUAUCUGUUGUUUUUAUAAGAAAUUUUUGUUGGGCAGAUCAAUCAUAUUUUGUUUUGUUACAUAAAACAUAGUGGCCUUUUGAUAAGUUGUUUAGUUAUAAAAUUUUAUCAUAAUAUUUUACUAUAAAUGAAUCAUAGAAAAGAAUAUUUUUCAACAAUUAAGUGAUGAUGAAUAAUUUCUUAAUGUGUUCAAAUAAAACUUGCUUGGAUUUAACUCUGUGUAUAAAUAGUAUAUACAUACAAUAUGAGUAAAGUUAUAACAGUUUUGACAUCUAAUAUAAACAUCAGUUUAUUGUAUCUUUUUCAUAUAUAACUAUUAGCAUUUAGUGGAUAUGGUCUUACUCAUGAUAAAAAAGUAAGAUUUAGAUAUAAAAAUUAACAGUUAUAUUGAUUUUUUAAAGAGCAUUGUCUUUCAUAUACAAAACCUUAAAAUCUCAAUAUAAGUGGAUCACUAAAUUACAUACAGCAGUUCUUUAAAAUAUAAAGAUAUGUACUAUUACGAAAUAUAUGAAAUAAUUUGAAAAUAAUUGUUAUAGCAGUGGGACUUGGGAAUUGUAUAGAAGUUAUGAGUACUGUAAACCAACUUAUUUAGCUGUUACUUUAUUUCGACUCACAAUUUUUAAAGUCACUUGAUGUAGUUAAUAAUUAUCAAAGGUACCAGUACCAGGAUUAUUAUUCAAUACGCCAGACACGCAUUUUGUCUACAUACAUGUAAGACUCAUCUGUGAUUCUCAAAUCAAAAUAUUUAUGAAACCAAAGUUAAAUUUUGUAAGGGUAGAUAAAUUUUUUUAAAUUUUAGCAAAGCUUUAUAUUCGAUUUAUUUUUCUCUUCUGGAAAGUUGUGAAGAUAAUUCACCUUUCAAAAAAGUUGGUUUACAGUAACUCUAGUGAUAUAUUUACUUUAUUAUUAUUUUGUUUUGUUCAAGUAUUUAUGACUGUGAUCAUUGUUUUUUUGUUUUGAAUCUCUACAUAUCCGGUAAUAAACAUAUAUGAAAUUUA